GGUGCGGCUCUGGCGAACUCGAGCGCUGUUUAAAGUGUAUUCCUCCUCUGCUGCCUUCAUUCCUCCUCUCAUCCUCAUUCCUCCUGUCUCGGAGACUGCAGCAGCUGCUGUGCCUGUCGCUUUAGCUUCGCUGAAGAGUUCACCCGUCUGAAGUUACAAUGGCCGGAAGAGGAACCGUGAAGGCCCAGAGUGGAUUCAACGCCAAUAAUGAUGCCGAGACUCUUUUCAAGGCCAUGAAAGGACUGGGCACUGAUGAGGCAACCAUUCUGCAGCUGCUGACUGCCCGCAGCAACGCUCAGCGCCAGCAGAUCAAGGCUGCCUACAAGACCCUGCAUGGCAAGGACUUGGUGAGUGAUCUGAAGUCAGAGCUGGGAGGGAAGUUUGAGACUCUAAUUGUGGCGAUGAUGGCUACGCCUGUAAUGUUUGACGUGACUUCACUGAGGAACGCCAUUAAGGGGGCGGGCACCGAUGAGAAGGUUUUGGUUGAGAUCCUGGCAUCGAGAACUCAAAACGAGAUUGGGGAAAUUAUCAAGACCUACAAAAAGGAGUAUGAUCAUGACCUGGAGCAAGAUGUGUCUGGUGAUACCAGUGGACACUUUAAGAGGAUGCUGGUCAUUUUACUACAGGCCAGCAGACAGCAGGGCAUACAAGAGGGCAAAAUCCAAAGUGAUGCUCAGGCUCUCUUUGAUGCAGGAGAAAAGAAGUUUGGCACUGAUGAAGAUCAGUUCAUCACUAUUUUGGGGAACCGCAGUGCUGAACACCUUAGGAGAGUGUUUGAUGCGUAUAUGAAACUGUCUGGAUAUCAGAUCGAGGAGAGCAUACAAAGAGAGACUUCUGGAGGUCUGAGAGAUGUUCUGCUGGCUGUAGUGAAGUGUGCCAGGAGUGUUCCUGCUUAUUUUGCUGAGUGUCUGUACAACUCCAUGAAGGGUGCAGGCACUGACGAUGCGACCCUGAUAAGGAUCAUGGUCUCCCGCAGUGAAAUUGACCUGCUGGAUAUACGUGCAGAGUUCAGGAAGUCAUUUGCAACUUCUCUGCACAACAUGAUUAAGAAUGACAGCUCUGGUGACUAUCGCAAAACCCUGCUUCUGCUGUGUGGUGGUGAUGACGCCUAAGCCCAAAAAUACAAACUGCAUUACUGAGCAUUUCCAGCAUUUAUUACGUAACUUACUUGUUUACAGGGCAAUAUUUUAUGAAUUGGACAGACUUCAUAAAAUUCUAAAUAUUUAUUCUUUGUACAUGUGACUAAUAGCAACAAAAGCAACUAAUAGCACUAAUUUUUAAUAAUCAGAAUCAAUGAAGGUUGUUUUGAUCAUGGACGUUUUAUAUGCUCAUUGUUACUUGUGUUACAGUCUUUAGUUUGUGAAGUGUGAAAGUUGUUGACAAGUAAUGAAAGAAAAGCUUAAGGAGCAAGUUGGCGUAACAGACAGAUGGUGCUAAAAAAACAGACGGUCAUUUAAGAUGACAACAUUGUUUCAAAGUUAUUUCUUAUACUGCUUUCAUUAAAUAAAAAAAAAUGAUCAAAAUAUAAAA